AUGGAGGACAAAGAAUGCAACACCGGUGGCUUCAUGAGGCUCGUAUCAGAGGAGAGCUGUAGCUCCACUGUGACAGACGAGUUGUGUGUCAACUACCAGACUGAGAUCUUCAACCAGCUCCCCAGCUCUCUGGCCCGACGACGGACCCACCAUCACCACCAGGACAGGGGGACCACAGAGACAUCGCACCCAGUAGAGAAGCACCCUGGACUGGCAGGAGAAGCCAGAGACAGGGCCCUUACUCAGCCGAUCAGGAGCCUGCCGGUCUGUAUGCAGAGGAAGAGAGAGGCAAGGGACCUGAGGCACCUGCAGACGCGUACUGUUGGCCGAUGGGAGUCAUGGAAGCGGAACCAGAGCAUAAACAGGAAGAGGCUCGGGGAGCAGGUGGGCGAGGCAAUGUCAAGGCUUUUGCCAUGGAGCAGCACCUUCCACACCAUUGAAGGUAGAUUCGGUGUAGGCGUGAAGGCUUAUUUUGUCUUCCUGAGAUAUUUGCUUUACCUGAACCUGCUCCUGUGUCUGGUCAUCGGAGGGACUAUACUCACACCCACAGUAGUCUAUGACAGCGAUGGUGACAGAGGACUACUGAGGUUUGAGGGCAAUGACUCGGUUUUGGACUUCUUCGUUGGUUCGGGUUUUCUAGAACGUUCUCCAGUAUUCUAUGGGUUCUAUGCACGUAGUUCUCUAGACCUGCUGUGUCUGAACACGCCCCUCCUCUUCCUCCUCGGAACCCUCACCGUCCUCAUCCUCAGUCUGGUCAUGGUGGUCCGCAGGACGGUUGUAGGCUACAAGCACACGUGGUUGCUAGGCAACCACUACCACAUCCACAUGAGCUACAAGGUGUUCUGUGGGUGGGACUUCUGUAUCCAUGACCCCGAGGCCGCCGCCCUCAAACUCAGCUUCAUCAGGAACGAACUGAAGUUAUACUUAGAAGAGGAGAGGUUCCAGCAGCGUGAGGCCAGGAGGACGUUGGGUCAAUGGGCACACCUCUACUCCCUGAGAGGGCUGCUCCACUUCCUGGUCCUGGUUCUACUGGGCGGAGCCUUCUGUCUCAUCUACUAUGCCACCAUGGCCUCACAGGCUGAGAGGAGUGGAGACUAUUUGAUCCUCCGGGUGCUUCUCCAUUACCUUCCUCCCGUCGUCAUCACCCUGGUCAACUUCUUCCUGCCUCACGUCUUCCGCCAUAUCGCUUUCUUAGAGGAUUACUCCAUCACCACCCAGGUCAAUGCUACCCUCGUCAGGAGUAUCUUCCUGAAGUUGGCCAGUCUGGGGAUGUAUCUCUUCUUCCUCUUCAAAAACAGCCAACAGGAAUGUUGGGAGAAUCAGUUUGGUAAAGAGAUGUACAAGCUCUCUGUGUUCGAUUUCCUCGCCUGUUUCUGCAACACCUUCUUCAUCGCCUAUCCUAGAAAGUGGUUGGUGGACAGGUACCCAUCGUCUUGGCUGGCGCGGUUGUCGGGGAAACAGCAUUUCCUGAUCCCGUUCAAUGUUCUAGACCUGGUGUACAGUCAGACGGUCACCUGGGUAGGACUGUUCUACUGUCCCAUGCUGCCAUUUAUAGAGACAGUCAAACUGACGGCCAUCUUUUACAUCAAGAAGUUGACAGUUCUCCAGUGCUGUGUUCCGGCCCAGAGAAUGUUCCGUGCCUCCAGUUCUUCAGUUCUGUUCCACUUCAUGUUACUACUGGGUCUCAUCAUGGCAGUCAUCACCCUCGGAAGUAACCUACACCAGUUCGAACCUUCCUCCAGCUGUGGGCCGUUCGUGGGCAGCGCUACAGUGUUUAAUGUAACAGCUGUGUGUGUGGAUAGUCUACCAGGACCGGCCCAGUCCACCCUGAGAUACCUGUCCUCAGAGGCCUUCGUUCUGCCGCUGAUACUGGCGCAGAUUGUUGUCCUGACCUCCUUUGAGUCGCGGAGGAGAGCCAAUGGAAAAGCCAUCGAGAGACUGAAGGACAUGCUGGUGAUGAGCACCUCAGAUAAGCAUUUUCUGCUGAAGCAGCACACUCUCUCACUCAGACGCAGGAAGAAAACCUUCAAGGCCCCCACCACUGUUUCAGGCACUAGAGAGGGCAGCCCUACCACCAUGAAAGACCCCUCAGCAGGCAUCGGAGAGGGCAGCCAUAUCGCUCAACUGAAGGACCCCUCUGCACAGCCUACAGGCGAUGACAGCCCAUCAUAAAGAUAGAUAGAGGACUCUAGUGCCCAAAAGCCAGUUUUAGCAUGUGCAGCGACAUUCGGGACUUUCACCAUUCUGAAGUAGUCAACUGAGUGGAACUACCUAUGGUAUAAGGAAGUAUCACAUGAUUCCAUCCAGGUCAUCAGGAGGGUUCAACCAAAGAAUUAUACUCGUGAGGAAACAUUCCAUAACUGCAGGUAGCUGUAAAUUGACAACCUUGGCUUUAUACCUGUUCAAACGACACACUCUAGGUGGCAGUAUGCACCCUUUCAGUUUGUUUACCAACUCAUAGAAGUAGUAGAAGAAGAAAAUUAACUACUUCGAAAUGAAGAUUGCCUCAAUGGCGCUUCCCAUGCUCCCACAGACGCCCUAUUGUGACAGAUACAAUGUUGUGUUCUCUAACUAUCUCUAUGCAGCCCAUAGAGU